AUGUUGCAGAACCUCCGUUGUCUCGGUAUUGUCUCUUUCGCCCAUGCAGCGACGGCUGCACUGACAUUGAACGUGGACGAGCCCCAGUCCAUCAGAGACAAUGCAGCUCUUGUCGCCUAUGACCUUCUCGCGACCUUCUACCAAGGCAACCAGACUGGCAAAAUCCCAGGGAUCCUACCCGGCCCUCCUCCAGAUGGCGACUACUACUGGUGGCAGGGCGGUGCCUUAUGGGGCACGAUGGUCGAUUAUUGGCACUAUACGGGCGAUGAGUCCUAUGUGAACACGACCAAGGAAGCACUGCUGUUUCAGACGGGCCCAGACAACAACUACAUGCACCCAAACUGGACGGCUUCGCUGGGGAAUGACGAUCAAGCAUUUUGGGGACUCAGUGCCAUGCUCGCUGCAGAGACGUUGUUUCCGGAUCCACCAGCAGAUGACGCGAGGCAGUGGCUUGCCCUUGCGCAGGCGGUAUUUAAUACCCAAGCCCAUCCAGAUAGGCAUGACGACACGUGUAACGGUGGACUGAGAUGGCAGAUUCCGGUCCACAAUAAUGGAUACAAUUAUAAAAACACUAUCUCGAAUGCCUGCUUCUUCAACAUGGGAGCCCGUCUUGCACGAUACACCUCGAACUCAUCCUAUUACUCUUGGGCAUAUGAUACCUAUGACUGGCUCAAGAAGCUGCAGUAUAUAGACGAUGAAUACAACGUCUAUGACGGAGCACAUGUGGGUACGAAUUGCACAGAUGUCAACAAGGCCCAAUUCAGUUACAAUGUCGGCAUGCUCCUGCAAGGUGCGGCUUUCAUGUACAAUUAUACUGCAGGGCAGACCGACAAUACAACAAUGAGCAAUGGAGAAACGGCAUUCUGGGAAGGUGAGGUCAACUCACUGCUGAAUGGGACCCUCAGGGUCUUCUUUCCAGAUGACAUUGCUCACGAGGUCGCCUGCGAGGACGGUGGUACCUGCACGUCAGACAUGCUGAGUUUCAAGGGCUAUGUGGCGCGUUGGUUGGCGAUGACAACGCAGCUGGCACCGUUCACGCGCGACAGGAUCAUGAAGGUCUUGCGGACGAGUGCCCAAGCAGCAGUCAAGACGUGUACCGGUGGCACCAGUGGGCGUAUGUGCGGGUUCAAAUGGCAUCAGCAAACUUGGGACAACACAAUCGGUGCCGGACAGCAGAUGAACGUCCUGGCGACGCUGGUAAGCCUCCUAGCCACAAAUACCGCAGAGACUGUCGCUGGAGGAGAUGGUGGUGCACCAGUGACAAAUUCGACGGGCGGAACGAGUACUGGGGACUCGGCGGCUGGAUAUGGGGACAAGCCAUGGGAACAGGUUCUGAAGCCGAUUACGGCUGGAGACAAGGCCGGGGCGGCCAUACUGACAUUUGUGCUAUUGUCGUCGUUCACGGCGGCAUCUGUAUGGGUUAGUCUCGAUGAUAGUGUGGCGUUCGGCUCAUGGGGUUUUGGUAAAGCGUAA